UUUGGCAGCUUGAAGCAACGUAUAGUAAAAUGGCAUUCGAUGAUAGAUUAAAAUGUUAUUAGUCAUCCGAUAGUGUUUAGGAGUAAAUAGCAACUGGAUGGAUAAGGAAAAUCAAGACGUAAUUCUGUGACUGUGUACGGAGAGUGCACUGUUUUUACGUUUUUUUCCAAAUUCUUUUGAAAAUGGGACUUUUUUCCAAUUCUUCUCCAUUUGAUGCUGAUGUUGAAAAGGCAACUAAUGAAAAAAAUACAUCUGAAGAAUGGGGAGUAAUUAUGGACAUUUGUGACAAAGUUGGAAACUCUACGCAAAAUGCUAAGGACUGUUUAAGAUCAAUUGUGAAGAGACUAAAUGCGCAAGACCCUCAUAUUGUGAUACAAGCUGUGACUUUAUUAGAUGCUUGCUCCAGUAAUUGUGGAAAGACAUUUCAUUUGGAAAUUGCAUCACGAGAUUUUGAAGGAGAGCUUCGAAAAUUGAUUAAUCGUUCUCAACCUAAAAUUUCAGAAAAAUUAAGAGCACUUUUAAAAAAAUGGGCCGAAAACGAUUUUAAGACAGACCCCCAAUUAAAUUUAAUUCCUAGUUUAUACAGUAAACUGAAAAGUGAAGGUGUGGACUUCUCAUCCCUAAUAGAGAUGCCAAAGCAAGUAGCUGCGAUAAGCAGAGAUCCUAACGUUGUUACAAAUUCCCAAGAAGAGGAAGAUAUUGCUAAAGCAAUUGAAUUAUCUCUGAAAGAAAACAAGCAACAAUAUCAUCAAUCAACGACGUCGCAUAGCUCCCCAACCGCAAAGAAAAGUACCAGCUUAUAUCCAAAUGUAAGCUUACCUUUGGAUGCUUCAAAUAAUCCGGAGGGUAGGAAAGUCCGAGCUCUUUAUGAUUUUGAGGCUGCUGAGGACAAUGAAUUGACUUUUUUAGCUGGAGAGAUAAUUCAUAUUCUGGACGAUUCGGAUCCAAAUUGGUGGAAGGGAAGUAAUCACAGAGGAGAAGGUCUCUUCCCAUCUAACUUCGUCACAGCAGAUUUAUCUGUUGAGCCAGAACAAUUUACAAAAUUAGAGCACAGCAACAAGAAGUCUGUCCAGUUUUCGAGUGAAGUAGAAAUGAAGACUGUUAAGGGAGACCCAGAAGUUAUCGAAGUCGAAAUUGAUGAGCAAAAAAUGGACCGAUUGUUGCACUUAUUACAUGAGGCUGAUCCACAAUGCGAUAGCAUCGAUCCCCAAGAAAUGCUUGAUUUAGAAGAACGAGUGACGGCAAUGGGACCGUUAAUAGAUGCAGCUUUGGAAAGAGUAGACAGGCGACACGCGCAAUUAACUCAAUUGAGCUCCGAUUUGGUCGACGCACUCAAUUUAUACCACACAUUAAUGCGCGAGCCCCCACCCCCAAUUCGUUCCAAUUAUACUUUACCAAAGCUGGGGCCACCGCAUAUCAACACUUUUCCAUUUUUAAAUCAAGGGCUACCACCAGCUCAUAUGUUCAACGGAAACCCUACGUCACAACAGCCAUCCUUUAAUUCAGGAAGUGCUGGUCCGCCACCAGGACUGUACAAUCCUAAUGCGCCUGGAAAUGAAUAUAUGGGGCCCACGAAUAUGCAAGGUAUCGCGUUACCUCAACAUUUUCAUAUACAAUCAACGCUACAUCAACAUUCUGCAAGUCAUUCCCAGGGGCCACCAAUACCAGAUCAGACUAGCCUUUCUUAUCAGCCACAAAGAAUUCCUGGAACGGCUGGGCCUAUUCCAGACUCGUACAGUCAAGGGGGACUUUCAGGACCGCCUCCAGUUAACCAGCAGCCUCAGUAUGCACCACCAAAUGGACAGCAUAUGAUGUAAAUGAUGGCUAAGCGUUGCAGAUAAAUUUACGCUGUAUUCUCGUUGUACAAUAUUACAAUAUUAUAAUUAUUUAAACAUACCUAAAGUAGUUGAGGAACCUGGAUUCCCAAUAAAGAUCUUAGUUUGAGCCUUGA